CGCGCGCAGACUUCGAGCUCUCGUGGGCCGAAUAUUGGGGCUUGAAGCGUGGACUCGCUGCACCCAGCCUUGUAUGCAACCACUGGUCGGAGGCGAUCAGACCUCUCCUCUUCUCAAGACUCGGUUUGCGCAGCGCAGAAGAUGUACGUAUGUUACGGAACAUCGUUGACAAUCCCCGCUUCUGGACGUCGUCUCUAUCGGGCGCAAUCCAGAUUGUGUCAAUAUUUCAGGAGACUGCUCCGACGAAGCCGGCAUGGCUCCAUCACGUCCACUGGCUGUCAUCUCGACUUCAAGAAACACAGUUCGACUAUUACUUGAGCUCCACGAAUGAAUCUAAUUCGACGGUCGUCCGCCGUGACCUGUUCCGUUCGUUACCCAGGGUGCCCCCACCCUCCAGCCUGCGAAUCGCCGACCUUGUGCUCAGGGAGCUACAAUUUGCGACGUCUCGCUUGCGACCAACUGACCUUCAUCGACCCAUCACCGGUCGUCCAAUCCCGCAGGAGUUCGCGAAGACCUUCGUCAUCUCUCGUCCGAUGCCUCGUGUGUCAAUGCGGGGCAAUACCGCUUUCCGCCAAAGCAGGACUUGCCUCUGACAUCCUCUCGAUUGUCACUCGCGUCGGCCUCGACGCCCACAUAUGGGACGCCGUUCUUCAUUCACUGCUUGCAUUGGCACCCGUAACAUUUCAAGAUGUACGCGUUGAAAUCCGGCAACCCGAGGAUAAAUCACUCAAGGUGGCGAACGUUAUUCUCGGCCCAAGCGCGGACGACAUAUUCUCGUUGCGUGGUAGUUAUACCUACGCCGAUAUUGGGGUACGCCAGGCGAGUGCAGGCCAAGGUGCUGGGCCUCCAUCCGCAUUCAUCGACCAUAUCGAUCUCUGGCUUUCGCUCCCUGAAGCCCAGGCCGAUGAUUUCCCUCGUUUCGACACCUUCCAUUCGAUCGUCGAUGCUCCACUCUUCGACUGUCUUCGUUUCAAGAGUGAUAUGCUAGAUUGUCCAGAGUGCGAGACCUUGAAAGCGAUCCUGCGCUCUGUCUUGGAAGGGACGCAGUUGGACUGGGCUCUCAAGUCAGACAAACUCGAGUUCGAGUUUCCUUAUCCCCAGGGUUUCCGUGUUCUCAGCAGUCAGAGCAUCUUAUCCCUGCAAGUGAACUUGGAGCACACCAUCGACGACGCCACGAUCACUCUCGACGCCGCUGAACAAGUCGAGUGGAUUAUUCGCGAUGGUCAGGGAAAGGGUGACGAGUACCUGGAGGAGCUUGUAGCCGCGCGCACGAGCGGACCAUCGGCGGGCGCGAGUUCUGGGACGGUGGCUGGGCCAUCUGCUGGAGGGGGCCUAGAGCACGGCGGCUGAGCGAUUC